AUGCCGCGCGCAAAAUAUCGAAUCAAUCGUCGCAAAGACAGCGUAGAGCUUGAUGAGUUGCGCAAAAGUGGUGUCCCAUGGCUUAUCGCGGCCAUUUUAAUCCUACUCCUGGCUAUAUUCGGCUUAACCGUCUACUAUUUCCUUCGAAAUGAACGGGAAGGCGCUGAAUUGGCUGCUUUGCAGAUUUCAAUGGAGGCAAGAAUUGAAUACAUACCCCGACCACCAGAACACCGCCAAUCCCCUGGCCCAUUUCCGGAAAUUUAUCAAAACCAGUCACUUAUCAACAUUUUGCUGUCAUCUCUUCCAAUCGACACUGCUCGGAAAUUGGAAAGAAGAUUCUAUGGAAAGGCGGAAAUGCGGUCGAAUCAGCAAUUGCGAUGGCAUUUUGCAUAUGUGCUUUGGAACCUCAUAGCAGUGGCCUUGGGGGAGGAAUGUUGGGAACAGUUUUUGAAAAAUCAACCGGCUUUGCAUAUUCGAUCGAUGCCUUGGAAAUAUCAGCGCAAGCAGCUACGGAAAAUUUGUUUAAUGCUGAAUCAAAUCGCGACACUGGUUACAAAUCCAUUUCUGUACCCGGUGUUCUGCACGGCCUUUGGUCAAUAUUUCGAAGGUUUCCUUCCGGAACUAUCGGAUGGCUUGAGCACCUUUGCAUUCCUCAAUCAAAAACCGAAUGCAAGCGUGGUCGAUUUUACGCUGGCGGAAACGAUGCGACGCUUAGCCACAACUCGAGAUCCAGUCCAAUUGUUUUACCGCGGCGAUAUUGCCAAUCAAAUCAUCCGUGAAAUGAAACAAAAUGGAGGAAUUCUGCAGAAGAGCGAUUUCGUGAAUUAUGUAUCGCAUGUGUCGAGGAUCAGUUCGGACUCCAUCAAUAAUAUGCAUAUUUUCGGUCCUCACCGCCCUGCCGCAACGUCUUACAUCCUGCUCGUUUUAUCGGUCUUACAAGAAUCCUUGAAAAAUUCUACCGACCUCAGCCCGGAUAAAUUUUUCCAUCGCCUCUUGGAGGCUGAAAAAUUCUCGCUGGGAAGAUUGCAGGAAGUUGCAGAUCCUCGUUUUUCCGUCAACCAUCUCCAAGAUGGAAUUCACGAGCGCCUGGCGAGAAAAAUCAGCGAUUUUGUGAAAGUGCCUCCUUACUACGGACGGCAGCUUGAACAGACUCGACAAAGCGCUUCCAGUUUUUUGGCAGUCGUAGAUCGAGACGGUAAUGCCGCCGCGCUAGGACUUUCUUUAGGUUCUGGGUUUGGAGCCAUGAAACGCUCCGAACAACUUGGAAUCGUCUGGAAUAACGGACUGGAUGGAUUCUCGGAUCCAGAAUCGGCGAACUCGUUGGAACCUAGGAAACGAGCAAAGAGCUUGAUGUGCCCAUUAAUACGGAGCGAUGAUAAGGCAAGUCCCUCCUCGCCCUUUCUACUAAAAGUU